AGUGAUGUGGUUUCUAUUGUAAUUAGUUACUUAAAAUUACAAGUUUGUUUUGUUUUUAUUACUGCUUGGCAUUUUCUUUCUCUAUCAUACAAAUGAUCAAAUACACAAAUGUAACAAAUGUAAAAGAGUUUAUGAUCAUUGGCUUCCCUGAACUGCCACCAGAAUAUUAUGGCAUGGUAUCUUUCUUUCUCUUCCUUGUUUUUACUGCUAUUCUGUUUGGGAAUGUUUUUAUUUUAGCUGUCAUCAUAUGUGAGCACAAUCUUCACAAACCAACAUAUGUGAUCUUUUUUAACCUUGCCAUGACUGACCUUCUCUUUGGCACUGUAACACUCCCAAAAAUCAUCGCCAGAUACUGGUGGAAUGACAUGAUGUGCUCGUUUGGAGCCUGCUUUGCACAAAUGUAUUUUGUUCACUCUCUGGGAGUUAUUCAAUCACUAAUUUUGCUCAUGAUGGCUUUGGAUCGCUUUGUUGCCAUUCGGUUUCCAUUUAGAUAUGUAGUUUUAUUUACAAACAAAAACAUUUCUAUUUCUUGCGGCUUGUGCUGGGUACUGACAUUUAUACUAAUGAUGGGAAUUGUACUACAUGCCUUAACUUUGCCCUACUGUGACCGUAAUACCAUCAGGCAAUGCUACUGUGAUCAUAAUUCUAUCACCAACCUUGGAUGUGGGGAUGAUGUUGCAUAUGUAAAAUGGGUUGCAUUUGCAAAUGCUAUGGUCACACUCUUGGCUCCUUUAAUAUUUAUAAUUAUUUCUUACUUCUCGAUCAUUAUGGCUGUUCGGAAAAUGUCUGUCCCUGAAAGGCAUCACAAAGUUCUGUCCACUUGUGCUCCUCAGAUCUUUAUCACUUGUCUAUAUUUCGUGCCAAGAUGUAUUGUAUAUCUUACUGACAGUUUGGGAAUCAAAUUUAGCCUUAAUGCUCGCAUUAUUAUAACAAUGAUGUACAGCCUCAUACCUCCGGCUAUUAACCCUGUGAUAUACUGCUUGAAAACGAUGGAAAUUAAAACAGCUUUGACACAAAGAUUCAGUAAUAGAAAAAUAAACCUUGCACCGCAAAGUGACAAAACGCAAAAUGUUAAGUCUUUUGCCUAA